AUGCCUUCGAUAAGUUCUGUAACCACAUCUUCAAGACUACAGACCAUCAUUGCUUCAGAUCAAGCCACUGCCAACUCAGAAACAUCAUUCAGCAACACAGCAACUGAGGGUGAGGUCCGCCUGGCCAAUGGAAGGAACAGCUCCUGCUCUGGCAGGGUGGAGAUCUUCCUCCGUGGACAGUGGGGGACGGUGUGUGACGAUUACUGGGACUUGAACGAUGCCCAGGUGGUGUGUAGACAGCUGGGCUGUGGCAGGGUACUGUCUGCACCAUCUAGUGCCCGUUUUGGACAGGGUACUGGACCUAUCUGGUUGGAUGAUGUCAGAUGUACAGGCAGCGAGUCAAAGCUCUCAGAAUGCAGACACUUAGGAGUUGGAUCCCACAACUGUGGUCACCAAGAGGAUGCUGGUGUUGUCUGUGAAGCUGGUUCUCCAGUGAGGCUGGUCAAUGGUUUGUCUGACAAUCUCUGCUCUGGCAGAGUGGAGGUCUACCAUGAUGGCCAGUGGGGGACAGUGUGUGAUGAUUCCUGGGGACUGAAUGACGCUCAGGUGGUGUGUAGACAGCUGGGUUGUGGCAGAGCUCUGUCUGCUCCCAGUUCAGCAUAUUUUGGACAGGGUACAGGACCCAUCUGGUUGGACGACGUCAACUGUUUAGGGAACGAGCCAUCAAUAACACACUGUAGACAUCUAGGGUUUGGGUCCCACAACUGUGGUCACAAUGAAGAUGCAGCUGUCAUCUGUGAAGUUCGCCCAGCUGUCGACACUACAGUUUCUCCAACAACACCAAUUUCAACACAGACCACCAACUUCACCACCCCAGAAACAUCAUUCAACAACACAGCAACUGAGGGUGAGGUCCGCCUGGCCAAUGGAAGGAACAGCUCCUGCUCUGGCAGGGUGGAGAUCUUCCUCCAUGGAGAGUGGGGGACGGUGUGUGAUGAUUACUGGGACCUGAACGAUGCCCAGGUGGUGUGUAGACAGCUGGGCUGUGGCAGGGUACUGUCAGCACCAUCUAGUGCCCGUUUUGGACAGGGUACUGGACCUAUCUGGUUGGAUGAUGUCAGAUGUACAGGCAGCGAGUCAAAGCUCUCAGAAUGCAGACACUUAGGAGUUGGAUCCCACAACUGUGGUCACCAAGAGGAUGCUGGUGUUGUCUGUGAAGCUGGUUCUCCAGUGAGGCUGGUCAAUGGUUUGUCUGACAAUCUCUGCUCUGGCAGAGUGGAGGUCUACCAUGAUGGCCAGUGGGGGACAGUGUGUGAUGAUUCCUGGGGACUGAAUGACGCUCAGGUGGUGUGUAGACAGCUGGGUUGUGGCAGAGCUCUGUCUGCUCCCAGUUCAGCAUAUUUUGGACAGGGUACAGGACCCAUCUGGUUGGACGACGUCAACUGUUUAGGGAACGAGCCAUCAAUAACACACUGUAGACAUCUAGGGUUUGGGUCCCACAACUGUGGUCACAAUGAAGAUGCAGCUGUCAUCUGUGAAGUUCGCCCAGCUGUCGACACUACAGUUUCUCCAACAACACCAAUUUCAACACAGACCACCAACUUCACCACCCCAGAAACAUCAUUCAACAACACAGCAACUGAGGGUGAGGUCCGCCUGGCCAAUGGAAGGAACAGCUCCUGCUCUGGCAGGGUGGAGAUCUUCCUCCGUGGACAGUGGGGGACGGUGUGUGACGAUUACUGGGACUUGAACGAUGCCCAGGUGGUGUGUAGACAGCUGGGCUGUGGCAGGGUACUGUCAGCACCAUCUAGUGCCCGUUUUGGACAGGGUACUGGACCUAUCUGGUUGGAUGAUGUCAGAUGUACAGGCAGCGAGUCAAAGCUCUCAGAAUGCAGACACUUAGGAGUUGGAUCCCACAACUGUGGUCACCAAGAGGAUGCUGGUGUUGUCUGUGAAGCGGGUUCUCCAGUGAGGCUGGUCAAUGGUUUGUCUGACAAUCUCUGCUCUGGCAGAGUGGAGGUCUACCAUGAUGGCCAGUGGGGGACAGUGUGUGAUGAUUCCUGGGGACUGAAUGACGCUCAGGUGGUGUGUAGACAGCUGGGUUGUGGCAGAGCUCUGUCUGCUCCCAGUUCAGCAUAUUUUGGACAGGGUACAGGACCCAUCUGGUUGGACGACGUCAACUGUUUAGGGAACGAGCCAUCAAUAACACACUGUAGACAUCUAGGGUUUGGGUCCCACAACUGUGGUCACAAUGAAGAUGCAGCUGUCAUCUGUGAAGUUCGCCCAGCUGUCGACACUACAGUUUCUCCAACAACACCAAUUUCAACACAGACCACCAACUUCACCACCCCAGAAACAUCAUUCAACAACACAGCAACUGAGGGUGAGGUCCGCCUGGCCAAUGGAAGGAACAGCUCCUGCUCUGGCAGGGUGGAGAUCUUCCUCCGUGGACAGUGGGGGACGGUGUGUGACGAUUACUGGGACUUGAACGAUGCCCAGGUGGUGUGUAGACAGCUGGGCUGUGGCAGGGUACUGUCAGCACCAUCUAGUGCCCGUUUUGGACAGGGUACUGGACCUAUCUGGUUGGAUGAUGUCAGAUGUACAGGCAGCGAGUCAAAGCUCUCAGAAUGCAGACACUUAGGAGUUGGAUCCCACAACUGUGGUCACCAAGAGGAUGCUGGUGUUGUCUGUGAAGCGGGUUCUCCAGUGAGGCUGGUCAAUGGUUUGUCUGACAAUCUCUGCUCUGGCAGAGUGGAGGUCUACCAUGAUGGCCAGUGGGGGACAGUGUGUGAUGAUUCCUGGGGACUGAAUGACGCUCAGGUGGUGUGUAGACAGCUGGGUUGUGGCAGAGCUCUGUCUGCUCCCAGUUCAGCAUAUUUUGGACAGGGUACAGGACCCAUCUGGUUGGACGACGUCAACUGUUUAGGGAACGAGCCAUCAAUAACACACUGUAGACAUCUAGGGUUUGGGUCCCACAACUGUGGUCACAAUGAAGAUGCAGCUGUCAUCUGUGAAGUUCGCCCAGCUGUCGACACUACAGUUUCUCCAACAACACCAAUUUCAACACAGACCACCAACUUCACCACCCCAGAAACAUCAUUCAACAACACAGCAACUGAGGGUGAGGUCCGCCUGGCCAAUGGAAGGAACAGCUCCUGCUCUGGCAGGGUGGAGAUCUUCCUCCGUGGACAGUGGGGGACGGUGUGUGACGAUUACUGGGACCUGAACGAUGCCCAGGUGGUGUGUAGACAGCUGGGCUGUGGCAGGGUACUGUCAGCACCAUCUAGUGCCCGUUUUGGACAGGGUACUGGACCUAUCUGGUUGGAUGAUGUCAGAUGUACAGGCAGCGAGUCAAAGCUCUCAGAAUGCAGACACUUAGGAGUUGGAUCCCACAACUGUGGUCACCAAGAGGAUGCUGGUGUUGUCUGUGAAGCUGGUUCUCCAGUGAGGCUGGUCAAUGGUUUGUCUGACAAUCUCUGCUCUGGCAGAGUGGAGGUCUACCAUGAUGGCCAGUGGGGGACAGUGUGUGAUGAUUCCUGGGGACUGAAUGACGCUCAGGUGGUGUGUAGACAGCUGGGUUGUGGCAGAGCUCUGUCUGCUCCCAGUUCAGCAUAUUUUGGACAGGGUACAGGACCCAUCUGGUUGGACAAUGUCAACUGUUUAGGGAACGAGCCAUCAAUAACACACUGUAGACAUCUAGGGUUUGGGUCCCACAACUGUGGUCACAAUGAAGAUGCAGCUGUCAUCUGUGAAGUUCGCCCAGCUGUCGACACUACAGUUUCUCCAACAACACCAAUUUCAACACAGACCACCAACUUCACCACCCCAGAAACAUCAUUCAACAACACAGCAACUGAGGGUGAGGUCCGCCUGGCCAAUGGAAGGAACAGCUCCUGCUCUGGCAGGGUGGAGAUCUUCCUCCGUGGAGAGUGGGGGACGGUGUGUGAUGAUUACUGGGACCUGAACGAUGCCCAGGUGGUGUGUAGACAGCUGGGCUGUGGCAGGGUACUGUCAGCACCAUCUAGUGCCCGUUUUGGACAGGGUACUGGACCUAUCUGGUUGGAUGAUGUCAGAUGUACAGGCAGUGAGUCAAAGCUCUCAGAAUGCAGACACUUAGGAGUUGGAUCCCACAACUGUGGUCACCAAGAGGAUGCUGGUGUUGUCUGUGAAGCUGGUUUUCCAGUGAGGCUGGCCAAUGGUUCGUCUGACAAUCUCUGCUCUGGCAGAGUGGAGGUCUACCAUGAUGGCCAGUGGGGGACAGUGUGUGAUGAUUCCUGGGGACUGAAUGACGCUCAGGUGGUGUGUAGACAGCUGGGUUGUGGCAGAGCUCUGUCUGCUCCCAGUUCAGCAUAUUUUGGACAGGGUACAGGACCCAUCUGGUUGGACGACGUCAACUGUUUAGGGAACGAGCCAUCAAUAACACACUGUAGACAUCUAGGGUUUGGGUCCCACAACUGUGGUCACAAUGAAGAUGCAGCUGUCAUCUGUGAAGUUCGUCCAGCUGUCAACACUACAGUUUCUCCAACAACACCAAUUCCAACACAGACCACCAACUUCACCACCCCAGAAACAUCAUUCAACAACACAGCAACUGAGGGUGAGGUCCGCCUGGCCAAUGGAAGGAACAGCUCCUGCUCUGGCAGGGUGGAGAUCUUCCUCCGUGGACAGUGGGGGACGGUGUGUGACGAUUACUGGGACUUGAACGAUGCCCAGGUGGUGUGUAGACAGCUGGGCUGUGGCAGGGUACUGUCAGCACCAUCUAGUGCCCGUUUUGGACAGGGUACUGGACCUAUCUGGUUGGAUGAUGUCAGAUGUACAGGCAGUGAGUCAAAGCUCUCAGAAUGCAGACACUUAGGAGUUGGAUCCCACAACUGUGGUCACCAAGAGGAUGCUGGUGUUGUCUGUGAAGCUGGUUCUCCAGUGAGGCUGGCCAAUGGUUCGUCUGACAAUCUCUGCUCUGGCAGAGUGGAGGUCUACCAUGAUGGCCAGUGGGGGACAGUGUGUGAUGAUUCCUGGGGACUGAAUGACGCUCAGGUGGUGUGUAGACAGCUGGGUUGUGGCAGAGCUCUGUCUGCUCCCAGUUCAGCAUAUUUUGGACAGGGUACAGGACCCAUCUGGUUGGACGACGUCAACUGUUUAGGGAACGAGCCAUCAAUAACACACUGUAGACAUCUAGGGUUUGGGUCCCACAACUGUGGUCACAAUGAAGAUGCAGCUGUCAUCUGUGAAGUUCGUCCAGCUGUCAACACUACAGUUUCUCCAACAACACCAAUUCCAACACAGACCACCAACUUCACCACCCCAGAAACAUCAUUCAACAACACAGCAACUGAGGGUGAGGUCCGCCUGGCCAAUGGAAGGAACAGCUCCUGCUCUGGCAGGGUGGAGAUCUUCCUCCGUGGACAGUGGGGGACGGUGUGUGAUGAUUACUGGGACUUGAACGAUGCCCAGGUGGUGUGUAGACAGCUGGGCUGUGGCAGGGUACUGUCAGCACCAUCUAGUGCCCGUUUUGGACAGGGUACUGGACCUAUCUGGUUGGAUGAUGUCAGAUGUACAGGCAGUGAGUCAAAACUCUCAGAAUGCAGACACUUAGGAGUUGGAUCCCACAACUGUGGUCACCAAGAGGAUGCUGGUGUUGUCUGUGAAGCUGGUUCUCCAGUGAGGCUGGCCAAUGGUUCGUCUGAAAAUCUCUGCUCUGGCAGAGUGGAGGUCUACCAUGAUGGCCAGUGGGGGACAGUGUGUGAUGAUUCCUGGGGACUGAAUGACGCUCAGGUGGUGUGUAGACAGCUAGGUUGUGGCAGAGCUCUGUCUGCUCCCAGUUCAGCAUAUUUUGGACAGGGUACAGGACCCAUCUGGUUGGACAAUGUCAACUGUUUAGGGAACGAGCCAUCAAUAACACACUGUAGACAUCAAGGAUUUGGGUCCCACAACUGUGGUCACCAUGAAGAUGCAGCCGUCAUCUGUGCAAUCAAAAGACCUCCAAUCCAAGCUUCCCAGCUUGUAUGUGGGCAGAAUCAAAUACAAGUUGGGCUCUAUUUAGAUAGCCUUGGAUCUUCUGGUUUGAAUGCAUCCUCUGGACACUUUGCCAACCCCUGCUGCUCUGAAUACAGAGAAGGUGAUGGGAUGGUGUGGUACCAAGUGAGGCCAUGGGCAGACAUCUGUGGAAAUAAACUCACGACCAACAGCACCCACGCCAUCUACUCAAACAGUUUAUUUUUCUACUUCGUCACUAAUGAGACCUUGGUCAUUCCUGUGAGCGUUUCCUUCUCCUGUGCCUAUCCCUUGGAUACAGAGAGCAGCCUACAAGUGGCUAUCAGACCUAACCUCCCGCUUGAAGAUGACGUUUCAGGUGUCGGUGCUAAAGCCAGAGCCUCCAUGUCUCUGUACCAGUACUCCAAUUACACAGAGCCCUACCCAGUGGGCCAGGUCAACCUGACAUUGGGCUCUGCGCUGUAUGUGGGUGUGUCAGCAGAGGGAACCGAUCCAAGCAUUGCCGUCGUUCUGGAGGACUGCUAUGCCACUCAUUCCCCCAACCCUGAUGAUCCCAUGCGAUACUUCCUCAUUAAGAACAAGUGCCCCAGUGACCGCCGUCAGGUGAGGGUGGAUGAGAGCGGGAUGUCUCACCAGGCACGUUUCUCUGCACUGCUCUUCCUGUUUCAAAGAGAGAACAGCAGCAUAUUCCUUCACUGUAGCCUCAGUCUUUGUGACCAGAGGGGCUCUUCCUGCCAUCCGGCUUGCUCCACAAGGACAUAUCGCUCCGUUUCUAGAUCUAUAACCACCAAGCCCUUCACCAUUGGACCAAUCACCUGGGUGUUGUAGCUUCAGCAGCCUUCAGCAACACAGGAGCCGAAUCUGAAGAAGAAGCACCUUGUCUCUCUCUUUGCAUAAACACAUCAUGCACAAGAUUUCAAGUUUGUUGGUCUUAGUUACCUACAGUGAAUAUCGUAGUGAGCCAAAGCAUAUUUCAUCCAUCACGUUGUUUUUAUUUCAUUUGUCUUUUGUUUGAUAAAACAAUGCAGGUUAAAACAAAUGGCUCCCAGAAUAUUAAAAUUUUACUGAAUGUCAUCAUCUUUGCUGUCGUCAAGUAUUUUUUAGCUUUUACAGCAGAAUUAUUUCGACCCCAAAAUAAUUGUAAUGAAUAAUGAUAUGGGGGGAAGGGAUCAUUUUAUCUUUGCAGUUCUGUGUAAUCCAUGAAAUAAGCAAAAAGAAUCUACUAAAUGUAUGACAGUAAAAUUAAUUUGCAAACAUGUUUCUGGCCUUUUUAAAUUUGUUCUCAAAGACAACAUGUUUUCACUUUAGUUCACUAACCACAGACCCAAUAUACAUACUAUAUAGUAUAUAUCAUUCAACUGCAUGUUAUAAUAGGAAAUUUUAUACAUUGAAUGUUGUAGUGACUGUUAAAGUGUGUUGUUUCCUUCUACUAAUAAGACUUUACAACUUGUUUCAACCCCACUGGGCUAUAACUUCGGCACGUAAGGUUAUACAUCACGCUCGGUCCGUUAUUCAAGGUGCAACAACAUAAACGACCUCUGUGGAAACAAGGAACUAAACAAUGGUUCCUAACAAUAGUUCCUAUUGUUACAUCCUUUCUCUUUUCAGAGUUUCUUCUUUUUUAGAACCUUUAAUACAUUUUUUUAAUUGUCUAUCGCUGUAAACAAUAAAAUAUAAACAAAACUCUUUGCUACUAACAGUGCUGGAAUAUCAACAUUCAAAAUGUUUUUCAUA